AAUUUGACAAGUAUUUGCAUAACUUACGUAUCUCUCGCAUUGUUAACGCAUUUGUCGGAUUGUUUGGCUGCUACGUUGUUUCGUGUUCGUCCAAAACAUCUUGCAGGCGCUGCGCUGGAGACGGUGCUGCAUGGGAGAAAAAGGCUUUCUGGCCUUAUUCGCAACAAUGAGUUUUGUAUUGAACUCUCUCACUCCAAAGUUUUAUGUUGCAUUGACUGGAACAUCAUCUGUUCUUUCUGGAAUUAUACUCGUUUUUGAAUGGUGGUACUUUAGAAAAUAUGGAGCCUCAUUCAUUGAACAAGUUUCAGUUCAUCAUUUGGGACCAUUGCUUGGUGGAUCUGAAACCGACACAACAUCUGCCGCUGCUGCUAUAGAUAAGCAAAAAUGUAAAGUGUGGCGAAAUCCACUAAAUCUACUGCGGGGAGCGGAGUAUAAUCGGUAUCAUUGGGUUACUGGAAUAGAACCUCUUACAUAUUAUGAUAUGAAUUUAUCUGCCCAAGAUCACCAAACUUUUUUUACGUGUGAUACGGACCAUCUUAGACCGGCUGACACAAUUAUGCAGAAAGCAUGGCGUGAACGUAAUCCCAAAGCUCGAAUAACAGCUGCUCACCAAGCGUUAGAAGUUGAAACUGAUUGUGCUACUGCUUUGAUAUUACUAGGUGAAGAAGAAUGUACAACAAUACUUGAGGCUGAGAAAAGGUUCAAACAAGCAUUGAAAAGUGGCGAAGAGAGAUAUCGAAAAAGUCAAAUUUCUCAACAUCAUGGUGCUGCUGCUGAAUCUGAACAUAGGCGAGAUACGAACGUACUUGUUUAUAUUAAAAGAAGAAUAGCGAUGUGUGCAAGAAAGCUAGGAAGAACGAGAGAAGCAGUUAAAAUGAUGAGAGAUUUGAUGAAAGAAUUUCCGUUACUGAAUGUUUUAAAUAUUCAUGAAAAUUUAUUGGAAGCUUUACUUGAACUACAAGCAUAUGCUGACGCCCAAGCAGUAUUAUCUAAAUACGAUGAUAUAAGUCUUCCGAAAUCUGCUACAAUAUGCUACACUGCUGCUCUAUUGAAAGCACGAGGGGUUUGUGAUAAAUUUUCACCUGAAGUUGCUUCGAAACGAGGACUUUCUACAGCGGAAUUAAAUGCUGUUGAAGCGAUUCAUCGUGCAGUUGAAUUUAAUCCUCAUGUACCCAAGUAUCUUCUUGAGAUGAAAAGUUUAAUUCUUCCACCCGAACAUAUUUUAAAACGCGGAGAUUCAGAAGCAAUCGCAUAUGCAUUUCAUCAUUUGCCUUUAUGGAAGCAAGUCGAUGGAGCCCUCAAUUUACUGCAUUAUACAUGGGAAGGAACGUUUCGUAUGAUACCGUAUCCAUUGGAAAAGGGGCAUUUGUUUUAUCCUUAUCCUAAUUGUACUGAACAAGCGGACAGAGAAUUAUUACCUUCAUUUCAUCAACUUUCUGUUUAUCCGAAAAAAGAACUUCCGUUCUUCAUUGUAUUUGUUGCAGGACUUUGUACGUUUACUGCUAUGUUGGCAAUAUUAACACAUCAAUAUCCUGAUUUAAUGGCAGUAUUUGCCAGAGCUUUUGUUGGGGCACUUUUUGCACCGCUGUCUUUUAUUUUGGAGAAGAUUGACGCUUUGAUGCCGACUUCAAUAUGGCAUAUUUUGACAAGAAUUUAAUAAAUAAAACAAAGCUGUUUUCAAACAAGUUAUCAGUUGUCAUUUUAUUUUUUUUUCUCUCAAAAAUCUGGUCUUGUGUUAUUCUGUUACUGCGACCGAUGGUGUCCUGUCUUCAUUUAUCUUAUACACAAUUAAGUCAAUAAAUUGACAAUCAUCCUCUAUUCAA